UCCUCUUCAGCCUCAAAAGAUGACAGCCCACAGAGAGGUAACUUCUGUUUGCAUGGAACUCAGAAAUCUCCUGCAAAUCAUGGCUCAACUCAAGCCUCAUUUCCUCCAGAAGCCUUCCUUAAAUCACCUCUCUCCAGGACACAGCCAGGAGAGACUUAUCUGUACCCCUGGGACUCGUUGUGGCAUCAUCUGUCCUAGUCAGAUGGACCUGUCUCUCCCAGGAACCUUGAGCUCUCCCAGAUCUCAAGACCAGAGAAUGGCAGGUGAACAGAAACCCUCAAGUAACCUCCUGGAACAGUUUAUCUUACUAGCCAAAGGUACCAGUGGCUCAGCCCUCACUGCUCUCAUAAGCCAAGUUUUGGAGGCUCCUGGAGUAUAUGUCUUUGGAGAACUGCUGGAGCUGGCCAAUGUGCAGGAGCUUGCAGAAGGAGGUAAUGCUGCUUAUUUGCAGUUGCUGAACCUGUUUGCCUAUGGAACAUACCCAGAUUACAUAGCCAACAAGGAGAGCCUGCCAGAACUGAGCACAGCUCAGCAGAACAAGCUGAAACACCUUACCAUCGUGAGCUUGGCGUCAAGGAUGAAGUGUAUCCCCUACUCUGUGCUGCUGAAGGACCUGGAGAUGCGGAAUCUCCGGGAACUGGAAGACCUCAUCAUCGAGGCUGUCUACACUGAUAUCAUCCAGGGCAAGCUGGAUCAGCGAAACCAGCUGCUGGAAGUGGAUUUCUGCAUUGGCCGUGACAUCCGAAAGAAAGAUAUCAAUAAUAUUGUCAAGACCUUGCAUGAAUGGUGCGAUGGCUGCGAGGCAGUCCUGCUGGGCAUCGAGCAGCAAGUUCUGAGAGCCAACCAGUACAAGGAGAACCACAGCCGAACUCAGCAGCAGGUAGAGGCCGAGGUUACCAACAUCAAGAAGACACUCAAAGCUACCGCGUCCUCCUCAGCUCAGGAGAUGGAGCAACAGUUGGCUGAACGAGAGUGUCCCCCCCACGCUGAGCAGAGGCAGCCCACUAAGAAGAUGUCCAAAGUGAAAGGUCUGGUCUCCAGCCGCCACUAGGGCCGGCUGGGGCAGCUGGCACUCACCAGGCCUGGGUCAGGUGGGGAGGGGACACCAAGGGCCUAUUUCCUCCCCUCUCUACCUUCCAUGAGUUCCAGACCUGCCCGUCCCCUCACCAGCGCCUCCCCCCACAUUGGUACUGUUCCAGAAGAACCGUUAACUCCCUUCCCUCUCCCACUCCCUCUUCCCCAGCUGCUCCCUUCAGACUCAGGGGCUCCAUGGAUGCCAUCCCAACAGGGCCGGACACUGCCCAGCUUCCCUCCAGGAGGUUCUUGUCUCUGUCUAAGGGCUUGUAUCCCUCCCAUUUUUUCUUUUGCUUCGUGUCAUUUUGUCAGGCUGGUCAUAAGCUGGAAGCAGCUUUAACUGGCCCACAGGGAUGACUGCGAAGGAGGCCCCCCUCUGAGUGACGGGAGGCACUCCUUCUCCAGCCCAUGUGCCACAGUACCCACAAUGGUGCAGGCGCCCUAGCCAGGUAUCCAAAUGCUUUGUUUUCCCUCUCCUGCCUUAUCCCUUGUUGGCAGCUCAGAUCAGGCGAUGGAGGGAUGUGAUGCUGGGCUGUGUUUACUAAACCUGCGGGUUUUCAGCCUCUUACGCCCAGCUCCGAUCUCUCGUUAGUUGCGAGCACCGGGCUGAUUAACCUCUGGAACCUGAGCACCCGUGGGGGUCGCUGCGGGUCUGCUGGGUGGCGGAAGUUUCUUCCGGCUUGGUGUUCCCCGCCGGCCUCGCUCCCUGCCGCCUCUGACUACUCAGACUGGUUUUUGGUGGGAAGGCCCCCGGCUGCCCACUGGGGCUGUCUGCCAACACUUGUUCUCCCGAGAUCUUUAAUUCUUCCCGGCUGCAUCCGUGGUGGGGAUGGUGGUGUUGAGGCCCCUCUAUCUGGUGAAGGAUCUGUUGCUGCUUCUGUUCCUUUCUUCCCACCCUCCCUGACCGGUGACCCAGAGCCCUCUGAUGAUGGCAUUCUCCUGGCAAGAGAAAAGGACUUGACUAGCCUUUCUGAACUUGAACAGUUUCAGGUUAUAUUUUAAUUUUUUUUUUUUUUUGUACAGGUUCUGAUUCUAAUACAUUUCAACAUGCUUUUUUUUC